GUGAUAUUUCACAAUGAGGCGUGCUGCAGCUUUUCUGGCGUUGCUGCUCUGUCUGUACUGGACGGGGGCUCAGGGUGAGAGUGGAGGGCUGACAGGGAAUGACAUCACUCAGACGGAGAUUCAGUCUGAGAUCCUGGGUGUCAAAUCAACCAGUGAUCAGACCAACAUCAGCCCUGACAUCUGGGCUGAGCUGAAGGAGCUGAGAGACAUGGCCAUCGAACACAGUGUGGAGCUGAGGAACACCAAGAGCAAGAUGGAGAAGCUGGAGCAGGAGAAUACAGCCAUGCAGACCAGACUGACCGCCAGUGAAAGCAAGAAUGCAGUGUUGGAGUCCAAAAUGAACGCCAGUGAAAAUGUGGUCAAGGAGCUCCAGAGAGAGAACACAGUGUUGGAGUCCAAAAUGAACGCCAGUGAAAAUGUGGUCAAGGAGCUCCAGAGAGAGAACACAGUUUUGAAGGCCAGAAUGAAAACCAGUGAAGAUGUGAUGGAGAAGCUCAAGAUGGAGAACACAGAUCUUCAAUCCAGAGUAACAGCGAGUGAAGAUAAGAGCAAAGUGUUGGAGGCCAGAAUGAACGCCAGUGACAACGAGAUGGAGGAGCUCAAGAGACAGAUUGCAGACCAACCAAAGGUGGCGUUCUCUCUUGGUCUCACUGACAGCGGACUAAUUGGACCCUUCGAUACUGACAUCACACUUAAGUUCAGUAAAGUCAUCACCAACUUUGGUCAGGUCUACAGUCCAAUUACAGGUGUCUUCACAGCCCCAGUCAGAGGAGCCUACUACUUCUCAUUCACUACAAUGGAUAACCGGAGUAACGCAUGGAGUACUGUAUAUCUCUAUCACAAUGACAAGAUGGUGUUGUGGAAUUCUGAUUACAUUUAUGGAUCUGGCCAUAACAGGCUUUCUAAUUCACUGGUUCUUCAGCUGGAAAAGGGGGAUGUGGUCUACCUGGUUUUACGUGCUGGCCAGAGUGUAUUCGAUAAUACUGAAGAUCAUACUACCUUUAAUGGAUUUCUGCUUUUUCCACUGUGA